AUGUAUGAUACGUCAACACGGACGUUCCUGUCACCACAGGCAUGGGCGUACGACAACUGCUACCGAAUGUUUGGCCACCGCCACACUUUCAUCGCCCUUCUCGACCCAGAUGAAUACAUCAUCCUCAAGGAGCCGCCGAAGCCGCCGCAAACACGGCCCCACCUGCCCACCUUCCUGGCGCCCUUCGAGGCGUACGGGGGCGUUACCGUACACUGGCAGUUGCUCGGGCCCUCGGGACAUGUAGCUCGUCCCAACGGCAGCACACUGGAGUCGUACACACGAUGCAUCCCAGGCCAUACACUCCAGGCAGUACCGCACUGCCUCACGCGCAAUGGGCAGUUCCUUUAA